ACGACACGCAACUCCGCUUCUCCUCACCUUACCAUCCCCGAACUGAUGGUUAGACCGAGGUCACGAACAGGACUCUCGGAGAUAUUCUCCGAAAAUUGUUCACGACGACCUGCAAUGAGAUCUCCAUCUUGCCCACGCGGAGAUAACCGACAACCACGCCGUCUCGCCGGCCAUGGGGAUGUCGCCUUACUAUUGCGACCUCGGCUAUCACCCUCGUGUUCCCGCAGACUUCCUUCGACCGUCACAGAUGCACCCCGAUACGAGUUGUCCUGCACUGGAUGAUUGGGUUGCACACAUUACUUCGAUCAUGAAGACUGCGCAUGAGCACAUAGCGGCUUUCCAGACUCGCAUGGCUGCAUGCGGGAACCGAUCGAUGAUGGAUCCUCCAUUCAAAGUCAGUGAUGAUGUGCUUGUCGACGCCCGCCACUUACAGCUCGAAGUGGACACGCUUCGCAAGUUUCGACGUCGUUUCUUUGGCCCAUGCCGCAUUCUCCAGGUCGUCGGUUCUGAUACGGUUUCUAGCCCUGUCAACUUUCGUGUGAAGCUGCCCGACUACCUACGCCAGGCUCGUGUGCAUGAUGUCUACCAUGUCCCGUUACUGCGCCCCUACUGCAGACCAUCUCAGUGUUUUGCUGGACGACCAUACGAGCGCCCUCCACCCAUCAUGGUGGACGACCACGAAGAGUUCCUCGUUUCGGACAUCAUUGGUCGCCGGGUCACCGGCGACAACUCUCCUCACGUCGAGUAUCUCGUACGUUGCAUGUUGGUGCGUGCCUAUGACCGUGCUCGUCGUGCUGGGUUGACUGCUCCUCCUCAGCCCACCGACUCUCCUUCUCCCUCGACUGAGGAGACCGCUGAAGUCGAGCCUGCUCCAUCUGAGGCAGACCUUCAGCAAUAACCAAAUGCUUCUAAGCGUCCACAACGC